AAUCCCCAAAUCUCACAAACGUGCAGUCUGUCUCUUUAAGUGAGAUUGAAAGUAAAAUCUGAUCAUUUCCUGGAUUACCUGCAGGGUGUGUGAAUCGGUGUGUGAAUCGGUGUGUGUCGUGUCUGGAUCUACAGUUUUGUCAUUAAUGUAAGUUUUCCUGAGUCUCUACAAUAAUUCCUGUGUGAGUCAGACAGUGUGAGUAUUGUUAUCUUGGCUAAUAAGUAGAAUUACAGGAUAGUUCUGUUCACUUCUCUCCAACAGAGAACCAGGAAACAAAAUCUUCACACUGUAAAAUGGCAGAAGCUGGUAUUUUGGUAGUUCAGGAUGAGUUCAGCUGUUCAGUCUGCCUGGAUCUCCUGAAGGAUCCAGUGGCUAUUCACUGUGGACACAGUUUCUGUAUGGUGUGUAUUAAUGGGUUCUGGGAUGAGGAGGAUCAGAAGAAGAUCUACAGCUGCCCUAACUGCAGACACACCUUCACCUCAAGACCUGUCGUGAGUAAAAACACCAUGCUGGCUGAGGUGGUGGAGAAACUGAAGAAGACGAGACUCCAGGCUGCUCCUCCUGAUCACUCUUCUGCUGAUCCUGAAGAUGUGGAGUGUGAUUUCUGUACUGGGAGAAAACACAAAGCCGUCCAGUCCUGCCUGGUGUGUCUGGCCUCUUACUGUGAAGCUCACCUCCAGCCUCACUACCAAUCUCCAGCCUUUAAGAAGCACAAGCUGGUCAAAGCCUCCAGACGACUCCAGGAGCAGAUCUGCUCUCAGCACGAUAAACUGCUGGAGGUUUACUGUCGCACCGACCAGCAGUGUAUCUGCAUGCUGUGUAUGCUGGAUGACCAUAGAGGACAUGAUACAGUGUCACUUGCAGCAGAAAGAUCUGAGAAACAGAAGCAGGUGGUGGAAACACAGAGGAAAUACAAGGAGAGAAUCCAGGAGAGAGAGAAGGAGCUUCAGGAGUUAAUAGAAGCUGUGGAGACUCACAAGCGCUCUGCUCAGACAGCAGUGCAGGACAGUGAGAAGAUCUUCACUGAGAUGAUCCUCUCCAUUGAGAGAAGACGCUCUGAGGUGAGGCAGAUGAUCAGAGAUCAGGAGAAAGCUGCAGUGAGUCGAGCUGAAGAACGUCUGAAGAGACUGGAGCAGGAGAUCACAGAGCUGAAGAGGAGAGAUGCUGAUCUGGAGAAGCUUUCAUUCACAGAGGAUCACAUCCAUUUCCUCCAGAGUUUUCAGACUCUCUCAGCUCCUCCUGGAUCUUCAGCAUCACCUGCUUUUACUCUCAGUCCUCUCAACACUUUUGAAGUUGUUAUGAAGUCUGUUUCUCAGCUGAGAGGAAAACUAGACGAAUUCUGGAAAGAGGAAAUUGAGAAGACAUCAGCUGCAGUGAAGAAAGUGCAGAUCAUUCCUGAACCCCAAAGCAGAGAAGAGUUUCUGGAGUAUUCCUGUCAGCUCACACUGGAUCCAAACACAGCCAAUAAAUACCUCCUCCUGUCUGAGAGGAACACAGUGGUGACCUGCAGCUACACUGUCCAGCCAUAUCCUGCCCAUCCAGACAGAUUUGAUAGAUGGGCUCAGGUUCUGUGUAGAAAGAGUGUGAGUGGACGCUGCUACUGGGAGGUUGAGAGGAGAGGAGAUAGAGGGGUUGGUAUAGCAGUGUCUUAUAAAAGCAUCUCCAGGAAGGGAGGAGGCUGGGAGUGUGGGUUUGGAUAUAAUGAUCAGUCUUGGAGAUUGUUCUGUGAUUCCUCCAGAUACAUAUUCGGUUACAAUAACAGAGAUACUGAAAUCUCCGGAGUGCCCGUCUCCUCUAGAAUAGGAGUGUAUGUGGAUCACAGGGCAGGAACUCUGUCCUUCUACAGCAUCUCUGAUACCAUGACCCUCAUCCACAGAGUCCAGACCACCUUCACUCAGCCGCUCUACGCUGGGUUUUGGUUGAGCUUCAACUCAUCAGUAAAUCUUUUAUACUUUCAGCAAAAUAGAUGA